AAAAUGCAUAGGUCCAAUUUGGUUUGAAAAUGGCACCCAAACAGACUCUGCCCACCCCUGCUUUCGAGCAUUGUAAGGAAAUUUCAAUACCUGUGGCUUAGCCGCCAAAACCAAACGACCACUCACUCUUCCUCUCUGGCAACAAGGGCUGCUAGAGCUAAAGCGAGUGGAAGCGUGUUCUGAUGGCGGCACUUUUAGGGUUUAUGGAAGAAUCAACAGAUUAUGUCCAACUUGGGAUAUCAACGUCGUCGUCAUCAUCCUACAGCUACAAAUUAGUGCCGUGGUUGAGCUGGGACGAGUGGCUCUUCGUCGACGAAUCUCUCUUUUCGAAUUCACCUAAUUCUGUGGCCUCCGCUUUAAGAAGAAUAUCAGCAUGGAGAAGCAGAGGAUGUCUUCCUGUUGUAGUUGAAGUUACGUCAUCGAUUAUUGAAAUUCAGCAAAAAGAUCCUCACUUUAGAAAGGACCAGUCAAAUGAUGCUUUGGAUAAUUGCAGAGGGGAUCAAUCAAGUGAUGCUUCACUUUCAGACGAAAUGCUGGCCAUGUUAUAUUGUAUGGCAAUAAUGAGGCUUGUGAAUGGUGUUGUUGAGAAGACACGGAAGAAAACAGAGGUUUCCAUUGCUGUGGCUGCUGAUGCAAUUGGCAUUCCACGCACACUGAUUGAUAUUCGUCAUGAGGGAUCUCACCGUGAACUUCCCGCACUUGAGGUUGUACGUAGUGCUUCAGUUAAGGCCCUUGAUUGGUUGAAGUACUAUUACUGGGAGCCUCAGAAGAAAGCAAUUCCAUUUCAUGGCAAUGAAACUGCUGGCAUCAAAACUGAGAUAAUGUCGAAAUUCCAUGAAUUUGCCUUCUGCUUAAGAGUUAAGAACACUCCUCACUUGCGUUCUUCAAAAAUCAAAGAAAAACAUGGUUCUAAGAAAGACCUUACCAAGAUAUUAAAAAGCCUUGUAGGGUUGUAUUCUGCCUUCUCCUCGGAAGUUGUUUCUGUACUGUUGGAGUUCUUGUUGAAGGCUAUAAAUUCCUCAGAUUCCUCAGAGCUUCCAGUAAACACCCAAAAUAGCCCAAGCCUACAAAUUUCAUUGAAUGAAUGGAAGCUUGUGAUAACAAAAUUUUCAAAUAAGGAACCAGAGUUACUUCUGGCUCUUCUGAAUGCAGUUCUUGAUAUGAUUGAGAAUCAGGAAGCAGUGAUAUAUGAGACGGGUUGGGUUUGCACAUCAUCAGACCAUAGGGCAGAAACACUCCAAGUUGAACACCUCUCUUCUCUGUUUAAGUGGCUGGUCAAAAAAUUUGAAGGAUUAAAGCCUCAUGUUGAAAAAGAUUCUGUAGCUGAGAUCAAAGUUUUUUCAGGAGAAAAAACAAUAUCGAAAGCAAUUCUGAUGGAACUCCUACGUAAAUGUCUUGUUCUAUCAGCCUUUGCUAAUAACCAGCUCAUGGAUUCUGCCAUUGAUCUUGCUCAACUGACAGGGGACAACUACCUAUUGGGAAAACUGAACAAACUAUCUUCAUUAGUUUUAUCAAAUUUGGAUGUUACUGAAGAAGGUGAUUCUCUUAAACAUUCAAAUAAUGUAUUUAAGAAGAAAGACGAAUCUAUGAGUGAAGCAGCAAAGAAGCUAGAGAUGAUUAAAUGUCACAAAAUAAAGAAAAAAGUAGUGAAGAGAACAGAUGCUGAUGCCAGAAAUACUAACAGAUGGGUUCUGGCAAAAUCAUGGAACCCGUGUCCAAUUGGAAUGUUGCCUCAAGCUGUUGGGUUUUCUGGUUGCCUUCCUGUUCUGGACUUUAAUAUUGUCCCAGAAAAGGUUUCUCAAUUAAUAGGAAGAAAAGAGAACUGGGAAUUGAACCAGUGUAGUGGCAAGAGAGAAGCUAGUUCUGAUUUGCACCUACUAGACAACCAAUGUGUUAAGAAGUUGAGGGAAACAAAGGAUGGCUGUGUAUCAGACAGUGAGCAUGUUUCAUCCAUAGAAGAUGUCAGUGGCCAUCUCAUGAUAGAUGGGGUCUGGAAGAGAGUUGGGGAAGAAGAACUACUUGCCAUCAAGUCUGCUUUAAGGAUAUUAAUUUAGUCACUGAUUUAUUCAAAGCUACGGUAGAUGUGAUUUUGGAAGCUUUUGUGACCAUCUAUGCUGGCUUGCAGUAUGAGCUUCAAAUCUAAGUUACAGUGGUGAUAAAUUAGCCACUGAAGCAAUUUUGGUUUAUAUUUUUUCGUAGUGCACAUUGUGACUAUCUGGGUUAUAAAAGUUGUAACCAGAGUAACAUUAGUGUUGUAGGGUGAGAGGUAGAUCAAUGCAGGAAAGCUGGUGGAUUUUACUAUUUUCCAAAAGUUAAUCCUCUUUUUGAAAAUAUCCUCUUGUAUUGAUUGAAAGAACUCAACUUAUGUGAUGUAUUGUGUUUUAUACAAUGAGAUGUUUAUUGGAAUUUA